AUGACAGAUCUUAAACUUGUCUUUUUCCACAAUAAUUCAAAGAAACUUGAAAAAGCUUCUCAUGUGUUGGUUGAGAGCGUCUUGGGUGAUCCUCGUUUUAAUUCACGCAAAGGAACUAUACUUGGAUUUGUUGGUUCUCCCUUGUGUUAUGACGACUCAGAUGAAGAACCACGUAUCGAAUACCUGUUGGGAGUUGGGGGACGAUGGAAACAUGUUUCAAUAAUUUUCAUAUUGGUAAGACGUUGAUUUUUAGUUUAAAGGAAUUUUCUGGUUUUCGACGGUCCAGGGGUGGGCAUAUUUUUAAUUUAUUUUGUCCGCUGCUGAAAAGCACAACUUAUGAAAAAUUCACGAUAAAAAAAUAUAU